CUCACAAAUUUAAAUUACCAUACCCACACGCUCUCUCUCAACACCAAGAAUCAGAAAUCAAAAUUGUAAAAGCAAAGAAAGAUCAAACACUUGAUAAUUUCACCUUCUCGAGAGUCAUGGACUUCAGGUUGAUGGGUUUGGAUUCUCCAUUGUUCCACAAUCUCCACCACAUGAUGGACAUGUCGGAUGACACCGCGUUGGACAAUAAGACACACAAUGCUCCGACAAGGACUUAUGUUCGAGAUGCGAAGGCAAUGGCGGCAACACCUGCGGACGUGAAAGAGAAUCCGAAUUCGUACGUUUUCGUGAUCGACAUGCCGGGGUUGAAAUCAGGGGACAUUAAGGUUCAGGUGGAAGAUGACAAUGUGCUUGUGAUAACUGGUGAGAGGAAGAGGGAGGAAGAGAAAGAAGGGGUUAAGUAUUUGAGGAUGGAGAGAAGGGUUGGCAAAUUCAUGCGCAAAUUCGUGCUUCCUGAGAAUGCCAACAUUGAUGCUGUUUCUGCUGUGUGCCAAGAUGGGGUACUCAGUGUCACUGUGCAGAAAUUGCCACCACCUGAGCCUAAGAAGCCAAGGACUAUUGAAGUUAAGAUUGCUUGACCUUGUUCAAGAAACAGGGGAAUGUGAUGUUGGCUCUGUUUUGUUUGGGUGUGUGUUUUCUCAACUUUAUGUUUUGUAAUGAUCUUGAAGGCUUGGUUGCACUAAUGAAUGUGAUGUUUCAUUUUUCUAUUUGUCA